AUGGAGGAACAUGAAAGUCAGGUCCUCCAGGUUGAAUGUAGCAGAAAAUGCUCUCUGCUUGGUGAACAAGAGCAAAGUCAAUCAGCAGGUACUGAUGUAGUUCAUGGUAGAUGGUAUUUAUUAUAAAACUUAAUAAUAUACAUGGAAAAAUUUCUUGAAUGAGAUUGGCUUAGAGCAGUGCAGUUUUUAGUAAACACAGUAAAAAAAACAAGGAAACAUAAUGCAAAAAUAAGGAAAUAAAGUGCAAAUUUCUCAGAGAAUUAAAACCUGUGAACAAUCAGUGUUCUCCAGAAGCGCACGCGACUGGUGGUUUCGCUGACUACUCUUAUGACUCAAAACAGUAAAAAAAACUGUCUGUACCUUUUAUCUUGAAUUUUUCAGAAGCUCCUAAAAGAAACAAAAACAAUAACUUGUCGUACAAAAAGCUCUUUGGUGUAUGACAAUUUGCCUUUUGCUAAUGGUAUUAUCAAUAUAUUUACUGAAUGAUUUUUGAUGAGACAUUGCCAGAUAAUAUUUUUUAAUUAUAAAAUAACUAAGAUAGUACAUGCAUUCUGAUUGGUUAAAAACCAAUAGUUUAUUGUGCUGGUAAUCUCAUAGUAAACUGAAACAUGCUUUAAAGUUGUUUUAUAAAAGUAAAAGACCACAUUUUCUAUGGAUUUACCAGCAUGAUAACUCACUUGGUUCUUGGGAGAACUCUGGAAAAGCUUGUAAAUAACGAGCAAAACUUCUCAGAUCUCUGGGCUUAAUGCCCCCAAACCCCUCCCUUAGAUACAGUACUCUCGCUUUAUCAGUGCUUGGUGUCAGGCACCAGUUUCUUUGCUUUGGGAGCUGGCUAUUCUAAAACUUCUGGAUAACACUGAACAAUAGAAAUAUAUAAGAACCAAUCAGCCUCAGGAGUCACAAUCUGCUUGCCCAACUUAUUAACAUUAUAUCUUAUCUUCUUAGCUAUAGAAGAACAUGAAAGUGAAGUCCUCCAACUUGAAUGUAGCAUGGAAAGCCCUCUGCCAGGUGAACAAGAGCAAAGUCAUUCAGCAGGUACUGAUAUACCGGUAGUUGUUUAUGGUAGAUGGUAUUUUAUUAUGAAAGUUAAUAAUAUACAUGAAAAAAUUUCUCUGUGAAUUUGAUUGGCGUAGAGCAGUGUACUUUUUAGUAAACACAAUGCAAAAACAAGGAAACAUAAUGCAAAUUUAUCAGAGAAUGAAAAACUGUGAUUGGGCCAAUAAACAAUAGAAAUUUAUCAGAACUAAUUAAGUGCCACAAUUUGCUGGUGGGAAGCAUGUUAACUUUUAAAACUUCCCCCUUUUUGGUGUAAUUAAUUAUGCUCUGUUGUCUUACCUAAGUAAUCUUUCCUUUUUCUUGUAACACUUUUUUUCUCAAUAUUUUAUUUUAAGAAUUUACCUGAUUAUUUUUAUUUAUUUAUUCAUUGUGGGUUGUUUUUUUUUCAUUUUUGUAACCAAGAUUUUGAAAUUAAUAAAGGUGUGGGUGGGCGUGUGUGUGUAACAAAUAUAAAGAAUGUUAAAACUUUCAUAUAUAUAUUUUUUACAUGGACUCAAAAGAGCAGCUAUAUAAUCAGUGAUUUUGUUACCUCUGCAUUCUAUCUAUGUUCCUGACACAUAAAAAUCGCCAAAGACAUAAAAUAAUUCAUGGAUAUAUCGAUCUGAACGUGUGUAUUUGUAGAAAUAUCCCGUACGUGUAAUUUCUGUGGCAGUUAUGGUUGUUGUUUAGUGAUGCAUAUUGGUUUUAGCCUUUGUCGACUCCUGCUUUAAAAUAGAAGAACUAUAUUUCAAUUUCAGUAUACUAUAAUACAGAGGUUUGGAGUGUGUCUUCAGAUUAACUGUCUGCGGCUGGUACAUAAAGGCCCAAACAUUUUCCAUUUUGGACUCAUUUUUUUUUAACUGGGACUCAUUGGUUCUGGACUGGGACUCCUGAUUUCUCACAAGAUGAGUCCCAGAAUUCAUCGUAUUUAUUUGUAACAAAAACACUGUAUAAUUCAUUGAUUAGACCUUUUGUCGUGUAAUUCAAGUGUUGUUGUUGUGGUAAACAUGACAAGUCAUCAUGUCUGUACUUAAUUCUCCAUGACUGGAUUGUAGGAUUUUUGUUCUGUUUGUAUUUGAUCGUGCAUUAUUAUUAUGGGAAAACUUACCUUAGGGCUGCAUUACUUUGACUAGGACAAAGUUAAAAUACAUUGAAUUCUCAUAGAGAUAAUUAUUUUUUGGAUUAUAAUAAUGAGUUCAUUGGUUGGGUCACUCCCAUUAUAUUUGAUGACUGGUUUAUCAAAUAUCAGCACUUAGAAAAUGAUUGUCAAGGUUGUUGUAUUAUCCGAAGUUUCAAAAGUAGAAAUAUUGUGUAUUUUCUAUUUGAAAUCAGGUUUUGAGAACACUUCCACAGAUACAGCUUUAUAAUAGUAAUUCUUGUAUAGUUAUACAAGCAUGCAGUACUAGGGUGCGAAGAAAAGGAGGUCAGUUUUGUGCUUGUCCUUCGGGAAGGCUGUAGCUUGCAUCUGUUAGCCCAAGAAUCACAAGUCUAUUAUCCUUCAGGCAAGAUAAAAAAUAGAAUCCACUAGCCCCAUAGCUUAUAUGAAUUGUGUAGUUGGUUAAUACAAAUAAUUCAUUUACUAGGGGAAGAGUUGGAACAACACACUCCUGCAGUAGAAAAUGGCCCAAUUGAGGGAGCAAGCAAUGUGCAGGAAACACAGCAACCUCUUCCAGGAGUAAAUAAUAGUAGCCACUUAGAAGAUGACCGCCUAAUUACUAGAGCAAGGGCAGUUGGUGUGGACUAUGAGUUUCCAAAGCCUGGUGAAGUGGAAAUGGAGGAUGACAGAAGAAAAGAUUUUAUUUACUUGAAUCCAGUCCAUUCCUUUUUCUCUCCAACAACAAUGAUAUAUUAA